AUGAGCGGGCCUAAUAGGGCAAAUGUUAUCGGGAAUGGAACUCUUGUUCCUCUCUCAGUCAUCGAAUCGGAGGGCUACAAUCAGAAGCAGCUCCUCUGGACUCGACUUCGAAAAGCCUCAAGGGAACCGUUCUCAGAAUUCUUCGGAACCAUGAUUUUGAUCUUAUUUGGUGAUGGAGUCGUUGCGCAAGUCACUCUGAGUAAAAAUCAGAGAGGUGACUAUCAGUCUAUAUCAUGGGGCUGGGGAAUUGCUGUCAUGCUAGGCGUAUAUACCAGCGGCAUAUCCGGCGGCCACAUCAACCCAGCCGUAACAUUCGCAAACUGUCUAUACCGCAAAUUCCCCUGGCGCAAGUUCCCCAUCUACAUGCUCGCUCAAAUCUUGGGAGCCAUGACUGGAGCCGCCAUCGUCUACGCAAACUACAAAUCAGCAAUUGACGUUUAUGAAGGCGGUCCCAAUAUUCGUACAGUGCCUGGAUAUUCACAGAAUGCCACAGCAGGGAUAUUCUGUACAUACCCUGCACCAUUCAUGACCAAAACCGGCCAAUUCUUUUCCGAGUUCAUUGCCAGUUCAAUACUGAUGUUUACCAUCUUUGCAAUUAAUGAUGAUAACAACAUCGGUGCUGGCCCACUGGCUCCGCUGGUUUUAUUCUUUCUCAUCUUUGGGAUCGGUGCCUGUUUUGGAUGGGAGACGGGGUAUGCGAUUAAUCUUGCGCGCGAUUUUGGCCCAAGGCUUGUGAGUUAUAUGAUUGGUUAUGGUCAUAAUGUCUGGGCCGCUGGAAAUUAUUACUUUUGGCCCAGUGAAUACUCCAUGGAUGGGUUUAAAAAGUUUUAG